AUGGACAAUGAUGCCCGUGAAUUGCGCAGAUUGAACAGACAGAAAGAAAGGAUCCAAGCUAGUGUACAAUUAAUUAAAAAAUAUGUGGAAAAAUUUGACCCAAGUUCUCAAUCCAUCAAGCAGAUUCAAAUUCGAUUAGACAAACUAAUAACACAUAUUAAUGCAUUUGAUGAAAUUCAUAACGAGCUGCUUAAUUGUGAAGAAGCUACUGACAACAUUGAUGAACAAUUAAAGUUUGUGGAUGAAACCUGCACACUAAGAGCAGACAUGGAAGACUUGAUCAGCAAGUUCAGUGCUCCGGAAGUUGAUAAUUCGCUUCGUGUGUCACAUUCUUCAGCAAGUGAUGCAAUCAGGUUGCCUACAAUCCAGCCUCCAACAUUUAGUGGACAUUUGGAGGACUGGUCAUCUUUCUUUGAUACAUUCAAUGCACUAUUUCAUAACAAUGUUUCAUUGACUGAUGUUCAAAGGCUCCAUUACUUAAAGUCUAGUGUUCUGGGUCCUGCUGCCGACAUAAUUAAAAACUUCACGAUAACAGCUGACAACUACAAAGUGGCGUAUGAAGAAUUAGUUCGUCAUUAUGAAAACAAAGGGUUUACUAUUCAAAGUCACAUAAGAUCAUUAUUACAAACACCUAAGAUAACUAUUGCAUCAGCCAGCGAACUUCGAAAACUUCACCACCAUGUAGCUUCACACGUACGAGCAUUAAGAGCGUUGGGUCAACCUGUCAUGCAUUGGGAUGCUUGGUUAGUCACCCUAAUUUGCGGACAACUGGACUCCAGUACUGCUGGGGAAUGGCAACUGAGGCAAGAUAGCAAGGACCUUCCAACAUAUGAGCAAAUUGAAACAUUCUUGGCUAAAAGAAUAUUUGCAUUUGAGGCAGGUGCUGUCACGAGUGUUGGUGCUCCGGAAAAGCAACAUCAUGUCAAAACCCCUCAAAACAAUAACAAAUUUCUUCCCACACGACAGAAUCAUAACAACAAAGUCUUUUUUACUCGCUCAGCUGAAGAUAAAGUUCUCAAAUGUCCUGUCUGCACACAACCACACAAAAUUUAUUCCUGUAACACCUUCUUGAAAAUGUCAAUUGCUGAUCGAAAAAAUGCUGUUGCUGUUGCAAAAUUAUGUUACAAUUGCCUGAACUAUGGACAUCAAAUUAAAGAUUGUCGUUUAUCGUCAUGCCCAAAAUGUAAUAAGCGACAUAAUUCAAAGCUUCACGAGGAUACUCCACCUAACCACACACUGAAUGAACCAAACUGCACUGAAUCAACCAUGGUUGGAAGCACACCUAGUUCAGUAUUAUUCUCAGGCACUACUAAUAACGUCCAAAGUUCAGAUGUCAACUUCAACAUUAUGCUAUCCACAUCAAUAAUUAAAGUCCAAGAUCAAGCUGGAAAUUGGCAUAAUUGCAGAGCUAUUUCAGACUCAGGGUCUCAACUUAACUUCAUUACUCACGAAUGUGCUAAAAAAUUAAAAUUACAAUCAUAUGACAACACACAGCAACCUAUUACUGGUAUUGGUUCCAUAAGUUCAUCAGCUACACAAUCAUUCUCAGCGUCAAUCUCUUCUCGGUUCUGCGAACAUCAUUUAACUGCUGUCCUACAUUCCUUACCUACCAUAGUAAAUGUGUUACCUUCUCAUAGGAUUCAACAGAGUAACUUAAUACUACCAAGACACAUCAAGGACAAAUUGGCUGAUCCAAAUUUCUAUGAACCAAACAGCAUUGAUAUAUUACUUGGAUCAGAAAUAUUUUUUGACAUUUUGGGGAAUGAAAAAUGGCCUCUCACAGAGUCUGCUUCGCUACGUGGCACAGACUUCGGUUGGAUAGUUGUGGGAAAAUUGCCUAUCGAGUUCAACCAAGUUGAGCAUACACCACCAUCCAUAGCUACAAAUUCAUCACUAUCUUUGUUUACUUCGGUUGCUGCUCAGCAAACAGUUGAUGAAAAAAAGGCUGAAGCACAUUUUUUAUCAACCAUAUCACGAGAUGAAAAUGGCAGAUUUGUAGUGAGGCUACCAUUUGCACAGAACCCACAAUCUUUAGGUGAUUCGCGAAGCACGGCUCAAAGGCGAUUUUUAAAUUUAGAAAAGCGCUUUGCAAAGGAACCAGGUCUCGCAGACGAAUAUAAUGCAUUCAUGACAGAGUACCUUAAUAUGGAUCAUAUGGAAAUAGCUACAACCACAGUCAAUCCAUGCUACUACCUACCUCAUCAUGCAGUGUUGAAAUCUAACAGCACUACUACCAAACUUAGGGUGGUGUUUGAUGGGUCAUCUGCAUCAAAAUCAGGAUUAUCAUUAAACGACAUCUUAUUAAAAGGGCCAAAAUCCCAACCUGACAUUAUCAGCAUAUUAUUACGAUUCCGUGUCCACAAUAUUGCGCUCACAGCAGACGUGGAAAAGAUGUACAGACAGGUGCGCAUGGCAGCUGAAGACUGUGACUUUCAACGCAUAUGUUAUCGCGCAAAUCCUCAUGAUCAAUUGACCGAAUAUAAGCUGAAGACUGUAACAUACGGUACCAAGUCAGCGUCAUUCUUAGCAACCAGAUGUCUCACUAAAAUUGCUGAUGAAGUAGAUGAUGUCUCAAUUAAGCGGAUCAUUUCUCAGGAUUUCUAUGUGGACGACCUGAUAAGUGGUGGGGAGUCAAUAGAGGCAGUGCAUCAGAUAUAUAAUCAGCUUCAUUCUACUCUGAUGCAGUAUGGAUUUCCACUUAGGAAGUGGUGCUCAAGUGCUCGUGAACUCUUUGAUCUCAUACCACAGCAACAAAGCGACAGUAAUUUUUUCAUAAACAUGAGUGAAGAUGACACAAUAGGCACAUUAGGUCUUUUGUGGCAACCAGCAUCAGAUAGUUUUUUAUUCAUGGUUAAACAAUGGUGUCCACAAGCCAGAAUGACAAAACGAACUCUCUUAUCUGAUAUUAGCAAGGUGUUUGAUCCAAUUGGCCUGGUGUCUCCCGUGCUAAUUAGAGGAAAGAUUUUUUUGCAACAACUAUGGUCAUUAAAAAUCAGCUGGGAUGAACUACUUUCCGAAGAUUUGAGCAAUCGGUGGAUAAAAUUUUAUACAAGUUUGCAAUGUUUAAAUCAAGUCGUUGUUCCUAGGAAAGCAAUGAUUUCAACUUCAUCAAACAUCCAACUUCAUGCCUUCAGUGAUGCUUCCCAAGAGGCAUUCGGAGCUUGUGUUUAUAUGCGUUCAAUGAAGUGUGAUGGCAGUAUGGAGGUUCACUUAUACACAUCAAAGUCUAGGGUAGCACCUAUGAAGCCAUCAACUAUUCCCAGACUGGAAUUAUGCGGAGCAUUGUUAGCAGCCGAACUAGCCAAUGACACACUAGCUGAACUCAAGGCAUUAAACAUAAUUGUAGCACCCAGCAAUGUAUAUUUAUGGUCAGACUCUUCGAUAGUAAUUGCAUGGCUGCAGAGCAAAUCUUUAUUUUCGGCUUAUAUUUCAAACAGACUUGCUCGAAUCCUUGACGUUUCUUCUCCUAACCAAUGGCAUCAUGUGCCAACAAAGGAAAAUCCGGCUGACUUAAUUUCACGGGGAAUUGAUGCUGCAUCCAUUGCACAGUCAAAAUUGUGGUGGCAUGGACCACAUUGGCUGAUACAAAGUCAAUCUACCUGGCCUAAUAGUUAUCAAUCACCAGAUACACUUCCUGAACUUCGUACAGUAAAGCUAGUCCUUACAGCAUCAGAUGGGUCUUCGCCAUGGUUGCUAGAAAAAUACUCAAGUUGGUCAAAAUUGCUCAGGGUGACAGCUUUAGUACAGCGCUUCAUCAAUAACUGUAAGCUUUCACAUUUAAAAAACCGUGAAAAAUGUACAAUUGGGUUUUUAAGCAUCACAGAAACAGCACAGGCUGAACGAUUAUGGGUGGGCAAGGCUCAAGUCAACGCAUUCGAAGAUGAAUUGUCUCGUCUAAAGGCAAACAAGAUGGUACGUCGCAGUAGUGCACUAAUAAGACUAAGUCCAUUUAUCGAUAAACAUGGAUUGAUACGAGUAGGUGGUCGCCUGAUGAACGCAUCCAUAAGUCAUGAUUCAAAGUAUCCAAUUUUACUGCCUUCUAAAAGCAUAGUCACAAAGUUAAUAUUUAAUUAUGAACAUCGCCGCUUAAUGCAUGCUGGUCCUCAGGCAUUGCUUGCCCAUGUAUCACACAAAUACUGGCCCCUUCGAGGCAGAGAAAUAGCCAGAAAAACAGUACAUCAUUGCAUACAAUGUUUUCGUACAAAACCUACGUUUUCUUCACCUUUGAUGGCCCCACUACCUCGUGAAAGAGUCACUAUAAGUCGUGCAUUUUCAAAGACAGGAGUGGACUAUUGUGGCCCUAUCAUGGUGAGAAGUGGGCUUAGAAAGGUCACUCCAAUAAAAACCUAUAUAUGUGUUUUUGUAUGUAUGGUGACCAGAGCUAUCCACUUAGAGUUGGUUUCCUCACUAGCCGCUGAAGACUUUCUUGCCACACUUUCCCGCUUCAUGGCUCGGCGAGGACAAGUCUCGGUUCUUUAUAGUGACAAUGGCACAAACUUCGUGGGUGCCAACCGAAUAUUACAAUCACAAUUCAAGGCACACGUUAAAGACAAAUCAGUAAACAAUUUUUUAAACAGUAACGCAAUCCAGUGGAAGUUCAUACCACCAGCUGCGCCUCACUUCGGAGGCCUAUGGGAAGCUUCAGUCCAAUCUGCAAAGCGGCAUCUGUAUCGAGUUUCAAAAGGUAUACUUUUAACUUAUGAUGAAACUACAACGUUACUAUGCAAGGUAGAAGCCGCAUUAAAUUCAAGGCCAUUAACACCCAUGUCUUUGGAACCGUCCGAUUUAAGUGUAUUGACACCUGGGCAUUUUCUAGUUGGUGGUCCUUUAAUGUUGCCCCCAGAACCUGACAAUUCAACAGUUCCUAAAAAUCGAUUGCGCAGGUUUAAUCUAAUGCAGGCACAAUUUCAACUAUUUUGGAAAAGAUGGCUAUCAGAAUAUUUGCCCCAAUGUCAGAGGAAAGGAAAAUGGUUAAAAAGGACUCGAAAUGCAGUAGUAGGUGACAUUGCAAUCCUAAAAAAUGAAUUACUGCCACCUUUACAGUGGCCCUUAGUCCGUAUAACAGAAAUUCAUCCAGGUCAAGACGGCAUUGUUCGAGCAGUAACUGUGCGUAAUUCAGCGGGUCAAUCAUUCAUCCGUCCAGUGGUGAAGCUUGCGUUCCUACCAACAUCUGAAGAUGAGGAUCAGGAUACAACUAGCUAG